UCUUUCUUCUAUCAUCCAACAUCUAACUUAAAUAUUUCUACACCAGUAAUCCUCCUCGAAGUGUAAAUAAGUCACUAUACACCGGACAUGCCUCCCAAACAACCGCCAAAAAAGUCAUCCACGCCAUCCAUGAGUGGUGCUGAACCCAACAUUAACAGCAAUGGCAAUACCGUCAAGCCCCGCUCGAUUUCCAUCUCCCGUAACUCUCCGAGUACGAACUCCGGUGGUACACCCCCUGUGCCGAAUAUCCCUUCUCGAGCUUCCAUGUCUUCAACUGGGCCCCCUAGGUCAUUUGCGGGAUCAUUCAGACCUGCGUCUUCGGUGGUUGGGAUGGAGAAUUCUAAAUCAAGGAGACAGAGUAUAUCAAAGGAAAAAAUUAUCUCAAAGGACUCGAGUGAUAGUUUGAUCGGGAAUAAGACUAUCCCCCAAACACAAACCACGAGCUCAGCAUUGACAGCUGCCCUCGAGUCCCCUCAACCUCAAGGCUUAUCUCACCAAGGCUCAGGCUCCUUAUCACGCCCACCAAUUUCUCGCGAUGACUCUGGUACUUCCGCUCUUCGCAAUGGCGCCGCUAGUACUUCUGCUCCCAAAGAUGGUGAUAAGGCGGGCGAGUCAUCCUUCUCCAAUCUUGCAGAUGUGCCAGAUGAGGAAAAGGCGCGUGUUUUAAGAAGACACCUCGUAAGCGCCGAUGAGCGAGGCGCCUCUUCGCCCACCCCUGGCGGACAGUCGCCAGCUGGAUCUGGAAUCAAUAUGGGAGGUACACCGACAAGGGCCGAGUUUGACGACAUUCUUGGGGAGAGCGGAGUUAGUGGAUAUGGAAGUAUUGAUGCCCACCCUAAGGAUGAUUCUGAUCAGUUCCCUAUCCCUUAUGACGCGCCCGGUGGAGAUGUUACACAUGAUCUUUACAAAUGGCAACACGACCACCGCACACGCCCCGUCCGCUCCGCCUCUUUUUCACACGUCCCAGUCGACCGUUCGACCAUCCUUGAUCCACACUUGGCGCAUAUCAAAGAGCCUGGAGGUUUCCGACGGAACUUUGUGGUGAACCGUGCGCAAGAGCAGGGGUUGGAGGCGCCUGACAUGGUCAGGAAUGUAGUGGACUUCUUGUUUCUAUAUGGCCACUUUGCGGGUGAAGAUUUGAACGAAGACGAAGACGUGCUGGAAGAAGACGAAGAAUCCUAUCCCGAGGACGCCUCGUCUUCUUCUGCUUAUGCUCGCCGACCAUUCCCUGCUGGCGGAGAAGAAGCCGGACAAAUCGCUCGUGGAGAGAGGGCACCAUUGCUGGGUUCAACCAAACGAUCGUUGAGUAGGCAUCGUAGGACAAAGUCUGGGCAUAAUCAGGGAACGGCGAGUGUCACUCAGGCUGUGCUCAUGCUUUUAAAAGGUUUUGUCGGUACCGGUAUUCUGUUCAUGGGCAAAGCCUUUUUCAAUGGUGGUAUCCUUUUCUCGUCCAUCGUCAUGCUUGCUAUUGCCGGUAUCUCCCUCUGGUCAUUUUUGCUUCUCGUUCAGGCGUACAUGAAGGUCCCUGGAUCAUUUGGUGAUAUCGGCGGAGAGUUGUACGGAAAUAACAUGAGACUGAUCAUUUUGACUUCAAUUACUGUAUCCCAAAUCGGUUUUGUUGCUGCCUACUCCAUUUUCAUUGCUGAGAACCUUCAGGCAUUCAUAAUGGCGGUUAGCAACUGUCGAACCUUUAUCCCUGUCAAAUACCUCAUCUUUGCCCAACUUAUCGUCUUUAUGCCACUUUCUAUGAUCAGAAACUUGGCCAAGCUUUCGGGUACUGCAUUGAUCGCGGAUGCAUUUAUCCUUAUUGGUAUCAUUUACAUUGGCGGUAAUGAGAUCUCGGUUCUGUCCAAGAAUGGGGUUGCGGACGUUGCGCUUUUUAACAAGCAGAGCUUCCCUUUAUUGAUUGGUACCGCUGUGUUUGCAUUCGAGGGUAUUGGCCUUGUCAUUCCUAUCACUGAAUCCAUGCGUGAACCUCAAAAAUUCCCUCGUGUCUUAUCAGGUGUCAUGUUCUGCGUCGCCAUCCUCUUUGCUGGUUCUGGUGUCAUGUCCUACGCUGCAUACGGGAGUGACAUCCAGACUGUCGUCAUUGUCAACUUGCCUCAAGAUGACAAGUUUGUUCAGGCCGUUCAAUUUUUGUAUUCUGUUGCCAUCCUCCUCUCUUCCCCCCUCCAACUCUUCCCAGCCGUGCGUAUCAUGGAGAACGGUCUCUUUUCCAAAUCAGGCAAGCACAACCCCUCGGUCAAGUGGCAAAAGAAUGUGUUCAGGUCCUGUACAGUUAUCUUCUGUUCUUUGCUGUCUUGGGCCGGGUCUAAUGAAUUGGACAAGUUUGUGGCGUUGAUUGGCAGUUUCGCUUGUAUCCCCUUGUGUUUCAUUUAUCCACCCAUGCUCCAUUUGAAAGCUUGCGCUCGCACUCCUAAAGCACGGAUUAUGGAUUGGACGCUCAUCGUCUUUGGUACCAUUGUGGGUGCCUUCACGACGGUGCAGACUUUAAGGAGUUUGUUCAUUCCCAGUGCGGAAGGACCAAAAUUCGGCGGGUGUGAAUAAAAGAGUAAAGCUACAUGGUAGGCAGGGGCCAUCAGAAUACGAGAAGGAGCAUCUAAUCAGGGGUGUAGUGUCAUUGGUUCCAGUAAUUAUCAUACUUGCAUCUUUGUGAGAUACUUGCCGAGUUUUUCGACGCAAUUUUUUACAUAUUGUGACCCCAAUCUCGCAUAUCAUUCGUCCAAGUUUCAGUUUGUAUAUAAAAAGAUGUAAUCAUCAC